AUGGGUGAUGGCAUGGGUGAUGGCAUGGGUGAUGGCAUGGAUGAUGGCAUGGGUGAUGGCAUGGGUGAUGGCAUGGGUGAUGGCAUGGAUGAUGGCAUGAAUGAUGGCAUGGAUGAUGGCAUGGAUGAUGGCAUGGGUGAUGGCAUGGAUGAUGGCAUGGGUGAUGGGAUGGAUGAUGGCAUGGGUGAUGGCAUGGAUGAUGGCAUGGGUGAUGGCAGGUGUGAUGGCAUGGGUGAUGGCAUGGGUGAUGGCAUGGAUGAUGGCAUGGGUGAUGGCAUGGGUGAUGGCAUGGGUGAUGGCAUGGGUGAUGGCAUGAAUGAUGGCAUGGAUGAUGGCAUGGAUGAUGGCAUGGGUGAUGGCAUGGAUGAUGGCAUGGGUGAUGGGAUGGAUGAUGGCAUGGGUGAUGGCAUGGAUGAUGGCAUGGGUGAUGGCAGGUGUGAUGGCAUGGGUGAUGGCAUGGGUGAUGGCAUGGGUGAUGGCAUGGGUGAUGGCAUGGAUGAUGGCAUGGGUGAUGGCAUGGGUGAUGCAAAUUGGUGUGCAUCACCUGGGAAGUGGGAGGCACAGUCAGCAGGGAUUUACCAGUAUCACCGUGCUCUAGCGACACCCUCAUGUGCCAUCAGGCGUGAUUAA